CCCACUGCGACUAACACUUCCAUCCCACCACUGCAACCACAUCAUGUUCAUCACCUACUCCAUACAACAAUGGACCGCCGAAAACACCUGGCUAGACGAGGAGAUCGCACACAUUGACCACGUCCGGACCCGAUCCUACGACUUCAGCACAACCAAGACAUGGGUGAGCGCAAAAGACGCCCACCCCGCGGUCCAAGGCAAGAGGAGAAUCUACCGACAUUUCGUGCCCCGCCAAGUGAUCGUCGAUGCAUUGAUUGAGAAGAUCCUCGGGGAACAUAUGACGCGCAGACAGGCUCUGCGAUAUUUACUCAACGUGACUGAAGCCCUGUUCAUCCAACCCGACGCGGGCCUCCAGGAAACGGACGGAAUGAAUCACAUCAUUGCCUAUAAUGCAUGGAUGACGUGGGCGUUUGAAGCAAUUGCCGACUGGCAUGGAAAUAUGUACCUUGGAUAUGGGAGAGGGGAUGGAAGGGGGACGAAGAUUGAUAUUCCCUGUUCGCCGGGGGAUGAAGAUGUCUUGUGUGCAUUCCAGCAAUAUAAUCGCUGCGUGGAGUAUAGUCUGCGAUUGGUGUGUGAAGUCGAUACAUUGGCGGCGUUCUAUGUCGAUCAGAUGGCGCAGUAUAUGAAUCCGGUGCAUCGUUGGAGGCCGGGAGGAAAGAGCUACAAGUCGGAGGAUAUGCUGGGUGAUGAGUAUUUGAGGGGGAAGGGAAUUUUGCCACUGUAUUGAUGAUUUUUAUGUUCGGAAUGGGCUCGACAGAUCGCUAAGAGUUAAACUGAGACCACAAGGGAUAGUCUAUGCAUUGAUUACAAUAAUGACAGCUACUACGAUUCGA